AUCCUGGAGCCUUACCCGGUCCAGCAGGCAGCGUGUUCAACCCACGCCACGCGACCACACCGUAUUACUCUUUCCAUUUCAAACUCUCACUCCUAUAUAUACAAUAACGCAGCCUUCUUCGUUGUCCUGAGCAGCAAUCAUCGUAUUGGUUUCAUUCUUCACUCCCUGUUCUUCCAUAUCUCUAUACAUCUUUAUCUACCAUCAUUGUCCGCUUCAAUCGUUGUUUAACUUAACAUAUACAUUUUGAUUCCACUAUGGACAAGUCAAAUCAAUACGAACGUGUAUUUCAGCACUUUCACGAGAACGGAGACGGGAAGCUAUCGGCGUCGGAGCUACGGCAUCGUGUGGAGGCGAUGGGCGGAGAGCUGUCAGCAGAGGAGGCGGAGGCGUUGGUGGCUUAUCUGGAUGUGGAUGGAGAUGGGUUGGUGGAUUUGCAGGAUUUUGCUACGUUUGUGGAAGAUGAGAAAGAGGAAGAGAAAGUGAAGGGCUUACGAGAGGCUUUUAAAAUGUAUGAGAUGGAUGGGUCUGGCUGUAUUACCCCUAAUAGUCUCAAGAGGAUGCUUAGUAGGUUGGGUCAAUCUAUGAGUUUGCAUAACUGCCAACUUAUGAUCUCUCGCUUUGAUCUCGACGGUGAUGGUGUUCUCAGUUUUGAGGAAUUCAGAGUCAUGAUGAUGUGAUGUUGUAAAUUAAAUUCCAUUGGUUAUUUAGUUACAUUAAUAAAAUGAUUCCGAUGUCAGUAUUUGAUGAACACUAGCAGAAAACUGGAGUGUCUGUCUCUUAUUAU